GCCAGUGCGCAGGCGCCGAAAGGGAAGGCGAGAGGGGUAAACAAAAUGGCGGCGGCGUGCUAAGCCUGCGGCGGGAGGAAGGCGAAGGCGAAGGCGAAGGCGAGGCGAGGCGAGGCGGCUUUUGGGGGAAGGACGGGGCGCCCGUCGGGGAGGGGCUCAGAGAGGGACGGGGCCGGUUGGUCGGUCUGUCGCGCUAGCUGGAAGGAGAGCGCGUGAGGGCCGGCGGGGCCUGCCUCCCCUGCGUGGAUUUCGGGGCAGAGCCGUGAGGAGAAAGUAGGCCUCUGCGCCCUUCGGCCUCGAGUGAGGCCCUCGGCCUCCCUUUCCUUUCCUUUGCGGGGAAUGCUUCACAGUCGCCCGGCCCUGCUGGCGGUGGAUGUGCCGCUCGGCCCUGGCCUGGUUGGGCCUGGGAGGGCUGCAGGGAGCCGUCGGUCUCCCUUCCCAGAGGCGUUUCUCACUGGACACCGCUUUGGGGCAGAAGAGAUACAGCCUGUGCAUAUAGAUAUGUAGAGAUAGAUACACGCCCCGAAGCUUCUUAUUUAUAGUAUAUACACGUUUAUCUAUCUUUCCCUUCACUGAACGUGAGAAAGGCCGUGGGAGUGUUUGUGUUGCUGGAGGCAAAGCCAGCCCUGGUUUCCUACAGCACCACGAAGGCCUGUCUGUGCAUUUUGCCCCUUUUGCUUGCCUGCCUCCCGGAUCCAGAGGGAGAGGGUUGUGCCUUUUGCUGCCCUUUGCUUCCCUUUUCAGGGACAGGUUUCCUUCCGCUGCCACCCUGUCCCGUUAAUACUCCCAGUUGCGCUUGGACAUCACCGUGGCCUCCUUUGCAGUGGCCUCAUUCAUUGCCCCCUUUUCCGAACAAGUGUUGUAGGUCCUUCCACGGUUUCUGUGUCUCCGUUGUUCUCCCUCUUUCGGCUCUUCUUCCCCCAAUUUCUGCCCCUUUGGGAUUAAGUUGGCUCGUUGUUUUCCUCCCGUAGCAGAGCGUUGUCGGACAAGAAACUCUCGCUGAGCAGGGCCCUCGGAUGUUGUUGAGCUGAGGCUGUCAGGUGGGAUUCCCCUCCUGUCUUCGUUCUAGAGCAAGGAAGACCCGCCUCUUUGACAUAUUUAUUUUAUUUCCCCGGAUGCCAAAGCUUUUUGCUUGCAAAGAAAAUCCCAAAGGGCAACAACCCCUUUUGCAAUUGGAGGGAGGUGAGGAAAGAUGGGGGGAAAAGACCGGCGUUGGUGUUCUUCCCACCUCUUGCUCCCUGACUGCUGAGUGUACCUGUCCAGCACUCUCCCUGCCCUUCCUGUCUCAGAUUGUUAGGUGUUUCUUUGCCUCUCCUUGCUUGGAUUGAAGGGAAAGGUGAAGUGAUCUUCAGUAGCGGUAGGGAGGUGGACAUUACUGCAAAAGUUGGAGUUGAUGAAGAUGGUUCGGAGGCUAUUUUUCUGGAGAAGGAUAGUGGCUUAAUCCGACUGAAUCCAUUGAGUCACUUAAGCUUGUCUCGGGAGGAGUUUGCUCUGGCCUUGUCCCCUUUUACGGUGGGAGCUUAUCUCUAGGAGACGUGAGUGGGUCUUGCCUGCCUGCCUGCCUGCCUCAAAGCCUUGCCGCCUGAAGCACUGGGGUGACACAUCAUGUGUCAGGCAGACCCCAGGCUGUUGAAGGAUGCCCCUGGAAGUACUUACUACUAGGCACAGAAGGCCUCGAACCUUUGUUGCUGACCCCGUUGACCUCAGUAUUGACAAUUCCUUUAAAGAGACUUGGUUCCAGCUUCCCAACGGCUGAGAGAGAGGCCCCUUCCCGGGAGGCCAUCUUUCCCUGAGUGGCGAAACCAGCAGAAGUCAUUGGUUUCGGUCCUUCACUUUGACAGCAGAAGCCACCAUUCCCUCCUGGUGAUGGAAUCCCCUUAUAGGAGCUAAUUUGCUGCUUUGAUUUUGAAUAUGGCCAGCAUUUCAAGGAUGACAUAAGUGUCAAGCAAAGGAGGACUUUGAAAGGUGGGAAAAUAGACUGGCCUGAAGGUUUGCAGCAAUAAAGCAACAUCUGAAAGUUAAAGCUAACUCAGCUGAAGAGGAGGGAAAAGGCGUAAUAUAUAUUUUUUCCUUUACCCAUCUACAUGCACAUGUUCUUUAAAAGAGACACUGUGGUAUUGGAAUAAGGUGCUGGAUCUCUGCAGGACCUUGUUGGGCCAUCAGAAGAAUUCUCAUAGCCUCCUUGUGGUUUUUUCAUUUUAAAAUUAAGCCGUUUGUACAAUCUUCUGGACAACUUCUUACUGAUUUACCUCUGUUGAAUCCAUCUCCUUCGGGUCCUUUCAUCCCCGCCCCUCCCCUCAAAAGUUUGGAAUAAAAGGGAGAGUCUUGGAUACACCAGGAAACUGGAUUUAUAAAUUUUUGACGCACACCUGUUUGACUGGUUUAGGGUUUUCUUUUUUAAAGAAGUCCAAAAUGGAUCUGGAGCCCCAGCAGUUGGGCAUGUUUGUCGAAAGCGAAUUGAUGUCGGUAGGCAUGGACACGUUCAUCCAUCGCAUCGACUCCACGGAAGUGAUCUACCAACCCCGGCGGAAGAGAGCCAAGCUCAUUGGCAAAUACCUGAUGGGGGAUUUGCUCGGAGAAGGGUCUUAUGGCAAAGUCAAGGAGAUGCUGGACUCCGAAACCCUCUGCAGGAGAGCGGUCAAGAUCCUGAAGAAGAAGAAACUGCGCCGGAUCCCCAACGGCGAAGCCAAUGUGAAAAAGGAAAUACAGCUCCUGCGUCGGUUACGGCACAAAAACGUAAUCCAGUUGGUCGACGUGUUGUACAACGAGGAGAAACAGAAGAUGUAUAUGGUGAUGGAGUACUGUGUGUGCGGCAUGCAGGAGAUGUUGGACAGCGUCCCUGAAAAGAAGUUUCCGGUCUUUCAAGCACACGGGUAUUUUUGCCAGCUGAUCGAUGGCUUGGAGUAUCUGCACAGCCAGGGCAUCGUUCACAAAGACAUCAAACCAGGGAACCUCUUGCUCACAACCAACGGGACGCUGAAGAUUUCAGACCUGGGAGUGGCAGAGGCUUUGCACCCGUUUGCUGAGGACGACGUGUGCCGGACGAGCCAGGGCUCCCCUGCUUUUCAGCCUCCGGAAAUCGCCAACGGCCUCGACACCUUUUCGGGCUUCAAAGUGGAUAUUUGGUCCGCGGGCGUCACACUGUACAACAUAACAACCGGCCUUUAUCCCUUUGAGGGCGAUAAUAUUUAUAAGCUGUUUGAAAACAUUGGGAAAGGGGACUACACGAUCCCGGAAGACUGUGGCCCUCCGCUCUCGGACCUGCUUAGAGGAAUGCUUGAAUACGAUCCAUCCAAGAGGUUUUCAAUACAACAGAUCAGGCACCACAACUGGUUCCGGAAGAAACACACGCAGUCGGAGGCCCUGGUGCCCAUCCCGCCCAGCCCGGAGACCAAGGACCGGUGGCGGAGCAUGACGGUGGUGCCUUACCUGGAAGACCUGCACGGCUACAACGAGGAGGAGGACGACGACGAGGGCCUGAAGGAGGACUAUCUGGAGGACGAGAUCAUCUACACUCAGGACUUCACCGUUCCAGAAGCAUUCUCUCAUGAUGUUUCACCUACAUCUGUGGCAGGCAUCCCCAGAGGUUGUGAGGUCUGUCAUAAACAAGGACAGGUGCCCGACCGGGAGGCCCAGCAGAACGGACAGAGCCGGCACCGAGGAGGAGGGGGGGGGACGCUGCUGCCGAAGCCCCUCUGCAUGAACGGGACCGAGUCGGGGCCGCCGGGAAACAAGGCCAAGGCCGAGCGCAGGGACAGCAAGUCGGCCGCCUCCAUCCCGCCCCGCAAGGCCUCCGCCACCGCCGCCACCGCCGGAAGCAAGAUCCGCAAGCUCUCCACCUGCAAGCAGCAGUGAGACCCCGGAACCUCCUCCUGCCCCCCUCCCUCCUCCCCUCCCCUCCUUCCCUUCCCAUAGGAAGACAGUCCGUAUAGAACACGCUUGCAGUCAAAGGACGGACGGACGGACAGAAGAAGAAAGAGAAGGAAAAGACUUGGAGGAGUGAGCUGCCCGACUCCUCCUUCGCGCCACUUUCGAGGUCUGGCGGUCCUUCCUCGGACAAUUCCGCGCUUCCUCUGGCCGCUGACCGGGACUCUGUAGGGACGGAUGGACACAUGGACGGACGGACAGGGGGAGAUAUUCCUGUUGGGGAAUAUUCCGGGUGUGGGAGACGGACGGACGGACGGACGGGUCUCCUUUCGGCAGGAGUCCCCUCUUGCCUUCCCGGGUGCGGGAAUCGUUUCGCAAGCCAUCCAAACACGCACUUUAUGUAGUAACUACUGUUAUAUAUAUAUAUAUAUAUAGAUAUAUAUAAUAUAUAUAUUAUAUUAUAUAUAUAUUCCCUUUUUCUUGGGGGCCCGCCUCCCUUUCCUUUUCUGUUUUGUUUUUCCUUUAUAUAUAUAUAUUUUUUCGGUAUCUCUCUCUAUACACCUUCCACAUUGCGACGCAUUGAGCCAGGGCCGGGUGGGGAGCGAGUGCGAGGCCUUUGGCAACGGAAAGACGGGGUCAUCCGAAGGGGCCGGGGAGGGGGUGCGGGGGUCCGGCCUGGCAUUGGACCACCACAGACUCAAACCCGUCAAGCCAAACCGUGAGUAAUGAAAUGGAGAAACAAGUCUGCAUGCUGUUUAUAAAAGGGCUGGAAUAAAGGGAAACGAGUGGGGCUUUUUUCUUCCUUUUCUUUCCUUCCUUCCUUUUUUUCUUUCUUUUUAAAAAAAUGAAAAUAAAACUAAAAUGGAGA